UUUUCAGAAAUUUAAGGCGUAAUACAUAUGAAAGGGCAGACAACAACUACAGUCGUUGCAGAUUAUUUUUACUGAUUUGACACGUCUAGUUACAGACAUGGAUACUGACGAUACUUUGAAACUCGAACAGCCAGAGGGAGAAAUGAGAAGCAAAACUGAAAAAUUGGAGGGAACUGAAUUAACAAAAAGAAGUGAAAACCAGAAAACUGAUUGUAGUGAUAAUAAUGACUCUAACGAUGUUACGAUUACUCAGAAUAUGGAAACCGAAUUUCAAGAUGAAAGUGAAAAACAAACAACAGAUAUCGGAAACAAUACUAAUUCCAACGCCGCCAUUACGAAUACGCAAGAUACUGUACCCGAAUUCCAAGAUAUUCCAGAGCCUAAAUGUGAACCAUGUCUUUAUCGAAAUAUAGAUGUCGUCGCUACCAAAUAUUGCAAAGAAUGUGAUGAACGGUAUUGUGAUUCUUGCACAUUUAGCCACACGUCGCAAAAACAGACUAAAAGUCAUUCAAUUUUAGACAUCAAAGAAGCUUCUUUAGAUACGAAGGAUAAAUGUGAACCAUGUUCCUGUAAGCAAAAGAACACAGAUGCUGCCUUUAUAUGCGAAAACUGCGAAGAGUAUUUAUGCCUAGAAUGCAAAGAAUUCCAUCAAUCUCAAAAAAGAAACAAGAAGCAUGUAAUUAAACCCUUGAUCACGCCAAUUUUGUGUGCAGCCUGUAGAUCAGGAGGUCACGAUGCUAUGGCUACAUCAUAUUGUAUUGACUGUGAUGACCCGGAACCGUUCUGUGUCACUUGUGCAGACCAGCAUACUGCUAUGAAAGUAUCGAGAAAUCAUCAACUGUCGCCUGAACUUGAAUUAUUGAUAAAAUCAAAAGAACAGUCACAAAAUGAAGACAGCGGUAUUAAUGAUGGGAGAAGUUGUGACAUUUUAAAUACUUCUGACAGCAUUACAGAUGUCAAUAGUAAUACCAUGUCCACAGAUAAUUUGACAUGUGAACCAUGCUUCCAUCAAAAUUUGGAUAAACCAGCAACACAUUACUGUUUCCCUUGCGACGAAAAGUAUUGUGAGGACUGUACUACUCGGCAUAAAGCUCACAGGAGAACUAAUGAGCACGAGGUUAUUAAUAUGAGACUAUUAAAUCCUACAAAAACUUGUGACGCUUGUAUAUAUAAUGGUGAAGAUCAUAUUGCUGGGUUCAAGUGUGAAGAUUGUGACGAACAUCUUUGUGAAAAUUGCAAAAGGUAUCACCAAUCACAAAAACAAACCAGAGGUCACCAGAUAAAUGCGAUAUCUAGUCAUUCUUAUUGCGAAGGAUGUUAUGCUUUGGGUAACCAAGUUAUGGCCACAUCGUUUUGUUUAGAUUGUGACGAACCUGAACUUAUCUGUCAACCCUGUGUGAAGCGUCACCUUUCUAUGAAACAAUCAAGAAAUCAUAACAUAUCGGAUGAUUUGUUUGCAUAUUCCAUUAAGACGUUCAAGAAGAAUGGUCCAGAAGAACUGAUUACAGAAAAGGAAACUGAUGAAUUUUGCCCAGGAAAGCCAUAUGUGACUGAGACAGCGACAAUGUCUAAUCAUUUAAUAGUUAAAUGGGAGGAGGCAGAACUCGGUGAAAACGAGGCUUACAAAGUAAUGUUCAAAGAAGAAUCCACCGGAAAAUGGAAGUCUUGUAGGUCAAAUACAGUCAAGGCCUUAAUGAAGAUGGAGGGACUACAACCACAAACAACAUAUGUGUUUCGCAUUAAGGUGAUAAAUGAUACAACAGGUGAAGAGAGGCCAUUUGGGCCUGACAGUGAACCUAUCACUACAGGAGAGUCUUCUGCACUUGGAAUGAUGAAAAUGUCAACUAUGGUGUACCAGAAUCCGAUCCCGGUAUAUGCAUUACCUGUAACUGAAGUCAAGGCAGCACGAAAUGAGUAUGCAAAAACAAGAAAAUUAUAUUUAGGUUCGAAUUCUAGUGUUGUAACUGAGAAAAACAUCAUGAUCGUAGGAGCUACAGGAUCAGGAAAGAGUACUUUGAUUAAUGCUAUGGCUAACUAUGUUAUGGGAGUUACCUGGGAAGAUCCUUUCCGAUUCACACUGGUUAAUGUAGAGACUAGUGAAGAAAAUAGAGCAGGAGAUCAGUCUAUUUCCCAGACUGAAUGGAUAACGUGCUACAACAUAGACACCAGUGUUUCCAGUCGACUGAAAUACAAUAUUAAUCUGAUUGAUACUCCAGGAUUCGGUGAUACAAGAGGAUUAGACCAUGAUCAAGUCAUUGUUAAUCAAAUAAAGGAACUAUUUACAGUCGAAGGACAUAAAGGAGUUGCAACAAUUGAUGCCGUAUGCUUUAUUCUCAAAGCUCCUGAUGCCCGGUUGACUCCAACUCAGAUGUAUAUUUUCGAAUCAAUUUUGUCUCUCUUCGGUAAAGACAUUCAAGAUAACAUAUGUACCCUUAUUACCUUUGCAGAUGGCCAAACUCCACCUGUUUUAGCUGGACUUGAAGCUUUGGAUUUUAAGUCACUUCCGUAUAAAAAGUAUUUCACCUUCAACAAUUCAGCAUUGUUUGUUGACAACAAAUCAGAUGAACCUAGUGCAUUGGCACCAACCUUCUGGGAGAUGGGAAUGAAAAGUUGUGAAGCUUUUUUCGAUCAUCUUGUAACACUCAAAACAAAAAGUCUUCAGCUAACUUCAGAAGUUCUUGGACAGAGAGAAAGGCUAGAAAAUACAGUUCAGCAUCUUUAUCAGGAAAUUGACACAGGUCUUUCGAAAAUAGGAGUCUUGGAACAAGAGAUUCAUAUUUUCACGAGAUACAGAAGACAGAUUCGUGAAAAUAAAAAUUUUCGUUAUCAAGUAACAGAGAAUGUCCAAGAAAUAAUUGACCUGAAAGGCAAAAGUCAAUAUACAACGAAUUGUCUAACCUGCAAUUUCACCUGUCAUGAAAGUUGUGCAUUUGCCAAUGACAGCGACAAGGAAAGAUGUUGCGCAAUGAAGAAAGGAAAGUGCACUGUAUGUCCAUCCAACUGCCAUUGGACGGAGCAUCAUAAUACACCAUACAUAAUCAAGUGGAUUCCCAAAAAAGUAAAUAAAAAGUACUCCGAAAAGCAGAAAAUCUAUGACGAAGCGUCACAAAAAUCCCUUACACAAGAGCAAAUUCUUCAGGAAAUGAGUAAAGAUAUUGAAAAAUUGGAAUAUGCCAUAUCUGAAAGACUUGACAGAAUUGCAGAAUGUAACAAUAGAUUAAAAGAAAUAGCCCUCAGACCAGACCCGUUAAGUACAGUUCAGUACAUUGACCUUAUCAUUGGCGGUGAAAAAAGAGAAAAAAGAAUUGGAUUUGAAUCUCGGAUCGAUGCUUUAGAAAAAUGUAAAAAGCGCGCACAGUAUGGGAAGACGGUUCAAAUAUUCAAAGAUCGUGUACAGUCUACUAGAGAAACUCUCAAUGCAUCUGUCAAUGACGAAGAUGGCGCCUCUGAAUCCUUUUUAGGAGCAAUUAAGAAUUUUGGCAAAAAAAUUAUCCAUGCAAUUAAAGUGUAACUUCUGCGAUUGGUAUGGUGAUAUAUGAAUACAUUUCAUCCAUUCAAGAUAUUGAAGUCUUUAAAAAAAACUAUUUUCUGUAAAUUGAUGUCCUAUAAUUAUGUUUUGUUUGUUUUUAACAAAUGUGAAUUGUAUUUAGAAAAUAGAUGAAUUUAUCAGGUUUAAAAGUUUUAAUAACGUAAACAGACCUAUUGCUUAAUUUAUAACAAUAAUGAAUUAAAUAGUAGUAAAUGCAAAAUAUAUAUCAAUGAUAAUGUUCCGAAUUAAAGAAGUAUAUGUUUUUGUUAAGGAUGUAUUCUUCUGACUUUACAGUCCCGUUCAAUCUCGUUGAAAUCUGGUUCUUGAAUUAUUUCCAAAACAUGAGAUAGAAGUGAAAAAUAUCAAUGAAUUUCAAAAAUAUUAUAAUCAAACAUAAAUCUGUGAAAGAAUUGUGUCUUUACAAUGAAUGGUUUUUGAGUAAUCCAGUUUUCAAAUUUUACAACGAAUCAAGUCAGUAUUCUUAGCCCAAAUUUUGAAAAAAUGGGUGAGGGAUACAAAAAAUGAUUUUACAAGAAUAAUGAACAUCCCAUAUCAUUUUGGUCUUUUCAAAUUUCUUAGAUAUGUAUUUUUUCAAUCAUUUAUAACAAAAAGUUGAAAUAAUAUGCAUUUUGUUCUAAAAAUUGUGAAAAUCACAAAAAUAACGUCUAUAAUGGUAAAUUUUACACUAAAAGCGUCAAAAUAUGAUAAAACUUUCUUAUUCUAACACCUACCUAUAGUUUUGGUAAUUAAAAUUUAUUCAGAUUGGUCCACUUCAUCUUUAUGAAAAGAAUGAAAAAAAGUUUAAUUGUGGAACUGUGAUUUUUUUCAAGAUAAUAGCCCAAAAAUAGGUUAAUAUCGGGAAAUCAUCAAAAUUGGGCAUUUUCAAAGGGCCGUAGAAAAAAAAGAAGUGCACCACCAUAUGAUUUUUUCUUCACCAAUUAUUUUGCUUACAUUCUUAUAAACCCAAAAAUUAGGUUAAGACAAAAAGUUUAAUUCUAGAAAUUCAUAGGUGUACAUUCUUAAAGAAUAUCAAACAAAACUAUAUUAUCAUUGUGUAAGGUAUUCGAUGUUUGCUAUAAACCAUUUCAACUCAUUGCAUGACAAU